CCGAAAGGCAACCAUACGCUUACAACAUGUCCUACCCAGUGGCACGACGACAAGCAAUGGGUACCGUACGCGUAACGGUCUCUUCGCAGUUCAGCCUCCAGCCACACGUAUUUUUCUCAUUGUCGUGUACCGCACCGCCCUCGCGUGAGAAUCUUCAUUUCCGCGCCAAGCAUUACGUUUACAGCAUUUCUUACCGUGAUUGGCUAUCUCUGCCCUGCUCAGUACCUACGGCUCACCACAGCGGACCAGGUCGGGGAGGCUUACUCCGCCGACAAGACAUCAUGAUCAUGACAGAUGACAUCGGCCAUAUCAGCCCAACACACGAAGCCACAGGCAGGGUCAAGCCAAAGGCCCACAGGCAGGGUCGAGCCAAAGGCCCCACAAUAGACAUGAUUACUGACAACACCAAGCACAACUCUUCCAAGAUGCUGGUCGAUAAAUCGCUUCUCUUUGCCAUCCUCGCUGGAGUGGUCGCGGGGCAGACCGUCUCAUGUGACGGCGUUGACUGUGGAUCCGCAUUGAGCCUGCCGGCUCCGGAGACUAGCACACAACCAAACUCUCUCCCAGCUGCGCCAACGGAGACUUCGAGUUCGGUCGGAGAAACAGCUACUAUCACGGACGCAAUUACUACCUCUGGAAUAGAGACCCUAUCGACCGCAACCGAUCCGACUGCGACAACAGAGACAGAGACGGCCACGCCAGAGACCACCACCGCCGCCACCCAAGACACUCUCACCACUCUUACCACGCCACCCCCCGGUCUCAGCUCCAUGCUAACAUUGACCGACGUCCCAACACCAACAACAACAAGCGAAGAGAUAAUCACAACAGACAUCACCGGCGUUUCCUCCGAACCCACUCCCACCACCCUCCUCACCACCGUCGCCACAACAGCCACCGAUAUUCCCAUCACCACUGACGUGGCCACGUCCAGCCCGGAACCCUCCAUCCCCUCUCCCUCCUCCUCUCCCUCUCCCGUGCCGGCGCCGCCUGGAGGAGGAAAAUGCGAAACAUGCAGCCCCAACCCCUUCUUCAACAAAUGCACCAUCACGACAUCCUGCAUCGGCUCCUCGGGCAGCGUGCGCGAUCGAUUCUACUGUGCCUGCCGCGCCGGGUACCGGGCCAGUGGCGGCCUGGCGCCGACGGAUCCGCGACAGUUCCGGCUCGCGUUCCUGGGCCAGGAGCAUCGUGUCUUUGUGGCGCCCGGCGUCGAGUGCGACGAGCUAUGCACCACUCCGUUUCCGGGCCAGGAGUCGUGCCAGGAAGUGCCGGUCAGGGCUGAUUGUUAA